ACAGAAGCACCUUCAGCCUUAGGGUUUAAGAAGAAGAACGCGAUGGAGUCGAGAUUAUAUUGAUGAGAAAUCAAACCCUGAUUACAUCAAUGGGAGAAGUAAUUUUUCAUUCUAGGUUUCGUCAUAGACGAUCUCAUCUGAAGAGUAAAACAGUCGAUACUCUUCUCAAAAUCAUCUCUUUAUGUGCUGAUGAUGAUCAAGAAGAGUCUCAGAUUUCUUCUCCAAUUGUUUCUGAUGCCCUAAAUUCAGGUGUUCGAAGAAAUGACUCAGAGAAUGAAUUAGUAAAAGAUAAGAAUGUUGAAGUACUUUUAGGUGAGUGUGAAAAAUUAUCUAUUGUGAAUGAUUUAAGUGUUGAUGAUUAUUCAAUUGAGAAUGAGAAUUUGUUAACUGAGAAUGUGAAUUGGGCGAUGGCGAGUAACUUAUUGAGUGAUGAAAAUGUUGAACCUUUAGGAGUAGAAGAUUCGAGGAUUUUAGAUGGGGUUGCUUCUUCGGUGGUUAAGAACUGUUCUGAUAAUAACAUAGAGGAACCACAACAAGGAAAUGUUGAUGAGAUCAAAGUUGUUGAUGAACACGUAACGGAUGAAAUUCGGGAACCAAUUAGAAUUACAGAAGAUAUGCAAAUGCAAAGUUCUUCUUCUGAGCAGAAUGUUGUGAAUGGAGUGGGAGGUGAAUCUCAGUGGGGAGAGAUGGGUUUGACGGAACCUGUUAAUUUGGACUCUUCCAUUCGUUGUCUCACUGAUAUGGACAUUGAAGACGAUGAAAUCCCCGAUGGUUUAGGUCUCUAUAAUGAAUUUGUCAGUUUAAUACAUGAGGGUCUUGCACAAAAUGAAGAAAAGAGUGGUGGCGAAGACCAUAUUUAUUAUGAAGUUAUUAAGGAGCGUGAGGUUGAGAAUGAACAUCAGGAUGAUACAGGGGCAGAAGAAAAUCAUAUGUCGUCAACUUGUAUUCAGGGAGAAAUUCAGUUGAAAACGAAUGGAGGGAAACUUGAUAGAAAUCUGAAACGGGGUUAUGGGGAUGAUUUGUUGCAAGGUGCAGGAGAUAGUGGGAAGGAAAAUGAUGAGGCCAAUGUGGAUGCAAUAACAAAAAGGGUAUGUUUGAGUGAUAGAAAUCUUAAAAGAGGUUAUGGGGAUGAUUGGUUGCAAGAAGUAGGGGAUAGUGGAAGGGAAAAUAGUAAAUCCAAAGCGGCUGCAGCAACAGAAGAGGUAGGCCUUUGUAAUAGAAAACUGGAACGGGGUUAUGAGGGUGAUUGGUUGCGAGAUUCAAGAACUAGUGGGAAGGGGAAUGGUGGUGCCAAAGCGACUGAAACAACAAAGAAGUUGCAGAACACUAAAGUAGGUGAAAAAAGACCAAUAAUUCUUAGUAAAGAAAUAAAAGCUAAGAAAAAGAUGAACGAGAGAAAAAAGAGAGCACAAACGCGUAAAGAACAAGGAGUCAAGAGGUUGAGAAUUGAACCACCAAUUUCAAAACCAAAAGUACCAAAGUAUUGCGAAUUUUAUCUUAAAGGAAUAUGUCAGAAGCGCGAUUCCUGCAAAUUUUCCCAUGAUACAACUCCAUUGACGAAAUCCCAGCCGUGUAAGUUUUUGGCACUCCAACAGUGCUUGAAAGGUGAUGACUGUCCAUUUGAUCACCAACUCGCCAAGUAUCCAUGUAGCAACUACGCCACCAGCGGUUCUUGUUUUAGAGGAGAUAAAUGCCUUUUCUCGCACAAGAUCGGAAAAACCUCUAAACCAUAUGACGUUAGCCCAACAGAAGCGGUGUCUCAGCCUUUGCCGAAUAACUUAAAUUCGAAGAGUAGUCUGAACACAAAGAACAUUUCUCCUUGUACACUCAACAUCAUAUCCAGUGGGGCGUCUCUGAAGACCCCCUCGUCAACAGGAAACCAAUUCCUCAAGAACCCUGAGCAGAGCGUGCUGGGAAAACUGAGACCACCUGCACAACCACCUAAAGGAGUAACAUUACUCUCAUUCAGCAAAACACCUCCAAAUAACUCCAGUAAUAAGGCAGACUCCAAUAGCACAGAAGCAAGCACUCGAAAAGAUCAAGAGUCAUUGAAACCACCCCCAAGUUUGGAUGAGCUGUUCCAGAAGAAUACAACGUCAACGCCGUCUUCUGCCAGUCAAUAUUCACAAAACCCACUACAGAACGUGCAAAACAAGAAUUCAGCUAAAAGAGCACCGUCAUCAACCUUAAAUUUUGCAGCUAAAUACGAAUCAGAAAUGAAGAAGAAUCGGUCAAAAACUCCCACCGGCUUGAGCACCACCAACACCACCACCGACAGUAGUAAGACACCGACUAGCACUGCCAGUUCAAGCAUUGAUAACAUCCAAAAUCGAUUACUCAAAGCUUCUCCGUUACUUCAAGAAUUCUUGUUUGGUUUUGGUGGUACUGAUGGUAAACUGUAAUUUGCAAAAACAAAAAACCAUUUCAUUCAUAACUGUAAGUCCUUCUCAGACAAGUUUGUGAAGCCGUCUGAACAAGAAGCUCCUGAACUAUUGAUCGAAUAGGUGAAAGCUACUUUGAAAUGAAGGUUUUGAUGAGAUGCAUAUGCGGUGAAGGGGAAAGGGUGCAGAAAGGGAAGGAAAUCUAAAGUUAAUGUAUCAUCGGAGUGGCUAACUUGGACAUGACAAAGGAGAAGAAAACACCUAAAGUUAAACCCCUGAAAGAUGAAAGUUUCGGGAUUGGUAUUCUGAGGUAGCAGUGAACUGAUCGACUACUAUGAUAUAUCUGGGUGUUAUAUCCACAGGUCAUCUACCAUGGCUAUUCGGGAAAUUAAGCAAACAUUCUUCAGUGCAGAAACUAAGAAAAUGAUGAUCAAGAGUCACUACUUGUCUUUGUUUGUGUCUGCUACUGCCUUACAAACGGAGAAGGAUCACAUUGAGGGCUUCGCUCCAGAGAUCUUUCUGCAAUUGAUACUUGUUGCUCUUAGUUCCUCGUUGUGGAUGCAGGGUGUUGAUCUAAGCAUUAGGGCUCAGGUUUUGGCCGUCUCUCUUUAGAGCAGAUGCAAUUUUAACCUUUUAUUUUGCAUUUUAAGAUGGCGCUGGUAAUGGAUUCUGUCUUGCUAUUAGAUACUUAAGGCUAAAAAUUUCAAGGGUAGUAGAACUUCCUAAGUUACCAAUGCUAGACUUUUUGCAAGGGUAGUAGAUGUUUCAACAUAAAUCUGAGCCAAGGAAGUCAAUUUUUCAGGAGAACAACCUCAGUGUUCCAUAUUCUUGUGAACAAAUACAACUAGUUCGGAGGAUAAAUAAAAUCUGUGAUUUCAAUGGCUAGAUUGUGUGCUGGCAAUUAAGAAACUUUAUUUUUUGGUGCUGGUGAUGGCGAGGUUGCUUUGUUUUUUUGCCUACCUUUGUAUCGCUAUCUUUCUGCGGUUAUGACCUGAAUAACACUCAAGAAGAAAGACAAAACACUAGUAGCAGUUAUGUCAUGGUUCCCAUUUAUGGAUAUGUUUCGGUCUCGGCUUCUCUUUAACCAAUCAUUUAGUCGCGAGAAUCAUUUCAUCUGGAAACAAGGCCAAUGUUCAGGACUAGUAAUUCACCCUGCUUGUAUUAAUUCCAGAGGUAUUGUCUUACCAUUCACGAGCUCUAUGUUUCAUGGAUAUUUUGAAACCUUCCUUCUUGUAACUUACAUAGGACAGGUAGCGUUUAUGACAUGUAAAGACGGGUUAGAGGAAAGCUGACGCAGCUCCUGCAUCAAAAGCAAAAACUGUAGACAAUUUUGGAUGUCUUUUUGCACAUUGACGAGUUAUGAAUGUAACUGAGCUUGAUUUUUGUGCUGCCAUCUAAAGUUCCAGUUGAACAGAUCUAUAAUGCUCAUUUUACUUGGCCUCUGAAGACCACACUUCAUUGUGUGCACAGGGGUAUUUUCUGGCAAAAAGAAUUAAAAUCAUUUAGUUGAGUCAGAUCUGACUCAAAAGAUAAACACAAUUUGUCAGGCACUAGUGAGUCAGACCCAGAUGACUCAGGUGAUUCGAGUUAGAUCCAGAUGACUCGGAUCUGGAAAAGGAAAAACAAAACAAAAAGGUUGCAAGUCCAGUUCUGCUAUUAUUUGAUUAAAUUCCUACUCGGGAGGCUGUCGUUUCUUAACUUUGUUGUAUUAAGUGAUGGUUGCAACUUGUAACAAGGGUGUUAUUGAGGAGAUGAGAAUUGAGUCACACAGGGCCACCUUUUGAAUAUGGACAGGAAGAAAGCUAUAAUGAUGGCCAUGAUGGAGAAAUGACUUUUUUUUUAUGGGACCUUAACUGUACCAGUCAAUCAAAUGGCAGAAGCAUGGGCAUGUACGCCCUCUCACUUCACAACCUGCAGCGGAUAUGUAGUGUUUUAGUUGGAACUUCCAUUAACCUGCGUAAAUUUCUCUUGAAACUUGGUGAUCACAUAAAUGUAUGUCUGGCGCAUCUGGAUCAACAUCUGAAACAUGAGACAGCGAUCUGCUCAAGGAGGUGCUAAAAUUGGGGGUCCAUAAUCCAUAUCAUCAUAUUUGUGAUUCUGCAUAGUACUAUCUGGUUAAGCUAAAUGUUCCAUAUGGUGUGCUGACUUGCUCUGUCAGAAGGUUCUCUUUAGCCUGGGAUUAUGUGUUAAAUUUGGUACCGUGCAUCACUGAGUUAGAUUGAGGGAAGGCCUUAAUGAGUGUCGAAUUAGGGAGAGCUACUUCUGAAUUGAAGGAUUUGCUGAGAGGAAUAUGAGGUAUUUAGUAUAUCUGAAUUCAAAUUUCUUAUGUACAUUGUCUUUUUGGCUUUUGUUUGGCGUGCUGCCUCCCUUUAUGAAUUUAGCUCAGAUUUUAACCUAUA